GUUAUAGAAUUAGGAAUUAGGAAACAAAGCAAAGAACCAAUCCAAAACCCACACUUAGAAGCAAACAUACAUCUGAGAAAAAACACACACAACUGAACCAUUUCAUUUCAUCACACCAGAAAAACACAGAUGCUGGAAAAAAAAAAACACAACUGAAUCAACCAACAACAUUUGAUUUCAUCACAUUAAAUUCCACAACACUACUGAACCAACCAACCUUUGAUAAUAUCAAAGGUGAAGAAAGGGGAGAGAUCUCACCAGAAGAACCCAAAAAGCAACCAUUUUUACACACCCCACAUAGAAGAACCAGAAAAUGCAAAACCCAACUUCACCGCCACCACCACAACCACCGUCGUCGUCAUCAUCGUCGUUUUCCUCCACCUUCUUCAACCUAAGAGAUCCAAAGCCCAAACCCACCCUCAUCCUCCUCUACACCUUCCUUUUCCUCUCUCUACUCUCCCUCACACUCAUCCUCUACCUUUCCCAUUCCACCAUCCACACCCACUCAGGACCCGACCCGUUUCUCCACCCGACCCAUGCCCACCGUCUCGUCUUUGACCCCCACAAACCCUCUCCCCCUCCGCCGCCCGCCGUCGCCUACCUCAUCUCCGGCUCCCGGGGCGACGCCGCACGGAUCCUCCGCCUCCUGGAUGCAACCUACCACCCUCUCAACGUCUACCUCCUCCACCUCGACGCCUCCGCCCCUCAUGCAGAGCGCGAGCUCGUGGCCGUCACCGUGCAGUCCAACCCCAUCUUCAAGGCCGCGCAGAACGUUCACGUCGUGGGGAAGCCCGAUUUCUCCUACCCCAAAGGGUCCUCCCCUGUCUCGCUGCGCCUCCACGCCGCCUCCGUCUUGCUCCGCCUCUCGCUGGACUGGGACUGGUUCGUUAGCCUCAGCGCCGAUGCUUAUCCUCUUGUUACGCAAGAUGAUCUUCUCCACAUUUUGUCGUUUCUGCCUAAGGAUAUGAACUUUGUGAAUCAUUCAAGCUAUAUCGGAUGGAAAGAAGCAAGGAAAUUGAAACCUAUUAUUGUUGAUCCGGGACUGUAUCUAUCCGAAGGGACUGAAAUGUUUUAUGCUACUCAGAAGAGAGAACUUCCUAGUGCUUACCGCGUGUUCACAGGUUCAUCUUUUUCUAUCUUAAGUCGCCGUUUCAUGGAGUUCUGCAUCUUGGGAGAAGACAACCUCCCAAGGAUUCUACUGAUGUAUUUUGCAAACACACCUUCAUCCUUGUCCAACUAUUUCCCCACAGUUCUCUGCAAUUCUCGGCAGUUUAACAGGACAGUCAUAAACCAAAACUUAUUAUAUGGUGUCCAAGACAGCCAUAGAAAUGAUCUUCGACCACUUAACUCCACAGAUUUUGAUGACAUGAUUCGGAGUGGAGCCAUCUUUGCUGAAAAGUUCCACAAAGACGAUCCGGUGCUCGAUCUCAUCGACCAAAAUCUUCUGGGUCGAACACCUAGAUCAGUUGUUCCUGGUGGAUGGUGCUUAGGUGAGGCUGGGAACAACACUUGUUUAACUUGGGGUGAUGCCAAGAUCUUAAGACCUGGUGCAGGUUCUCAACGGCUCGAGAAGGCGAUCGUUGAAUUGCUGGCAAAUGGCAUUUUCCGGUCACGCCAGUGCAUAUACGAAUGAACCUGACUCCAACCUGACAUCUUAACACUACAAGAAUGGUUUCUGUGCCUUGUCUGUUGAAACUCUAUGGUCAGGGUAUGGAGUUUUUUGGGUGGUUCUUUACACAAGAUAGGUAUGUGUAUUGUACGAGUAUGCAUUAUGUUAGCAUGAUUAAAAUUUUUGCCACUUCUGAGUGGCCUUUUUCUAUGAUUUAACAUGAAUGCCAAUAUAGCAUGUACCUUCACAUUUGGUUGCUGGAUAUAGUACACAAAAAUUCCAAGUUACUUGCAACUAAA